GAACGACUUUCCGUAGUUGUAGUAAACAUGGCGUCCGACAGCGACAGCGACGGAGAUUUUGUUACUUUUGGAACCCCAUUAGAACCUCUAGAAGAAGAUGAGCCUCUGAGGAAGCCUGUCCCGCUGUACGAGCAGACCGUGAAGGAUGAGAAGGGCCGCUACCAGAGGUUCCAUGGAGCCUUCACUGGGGGAUUCUCUGCUGGGUACUUCAACACCGUGGGCACCAAAGAAGGGUGGACUCCAGCAACCUUUGUUUCAUCCAGACAGCAGAAAGCAGGCAGACAGAAUGCCAGGCCAGAGGACUUCAUGGAUGAGGAGGAUCUGGGGGACCACGGCAUCGCCCCCAGACAAAUCACCACUACAGCUGACUUCGCCUCCGGCAGGAAGGAUGUGAUCAGGGACAAGGCCAGAGCCAUCACCUCUCUUUCAGCCCCUAUCCCAGGGGACACUGUCCUGGAAGACUUGGUGGCUCCAGCUAGGUCCUCCAUGGGGGUGGAGUUACUGAGGAAGAUGGGCUGGAAGGACGGCCAGGGGGUUGGGCCCAGGGUGAAGAGGAGGCUGUGUAAGCAGAGAGCAGAUUCUGCAACAAGGGCGUUCGGUUCGGCCUCGCCUCCCAACGGUUCAUCGGAAUCACAGGAUGAGGAGGAUGGAGAGUUCGUCCCUGAGAACGUGACCUUCGCUCCUAAAGACGUGACUCCUAUAGACUUCACCCCUAAAGUGGACCUGCACGGCCUGGGCUACCGGGGUCUGAACCCCCUGGCGGCCCUGAGGGGAGGUCCGGGCGCGGGACACAUCAACCUGUUCACCAUGGACUCAGACAGGACCAACAGCCUGUUUGGAGAGGACAGGAAGGGACAAAGACGCAGAGGAGGAGUGGCAGGACAGGGUUUUGGUGUGGGUGCGAUGGAGGACGAUGACGAGGACAUCUACCACAGAGACAUCAUGUCUAACUACGACACGGUGCUGGGAGGGGAGGAGCCUGGCAACGGACUGUACGGAUGGACCGCCCCCCAGCAGUACAACAGGAAGAAGAAAGACCACAGUAAAGACGCUGCUUAUCUGGGUAAAAUCCUAGAAGGAUUCACCCUGGCCUCCGAUAAGCUGGAGACCAAAACAAUCUUCCCUCCUCCCAACCUGCCCAGAGACUUCAGGCCGGUCCACUACUUCCGUCCAGUGGUGGACCUGUCCAGCGUCAGCCCCAUGGUAGCCCAGGCCCUGCAGACGUCUCGAGGCCACAUGGCCCAGGAAGAGCCCUCUAAGGGGGGUCGUCACCAGCUGGACUCUGCCCAGAGGAGGGAGCUGCUGGGGGAGGCUACACUGCAAGGUCCCAGCUCUGUGUUUGACCUGCUGAAGGUUGAGGACAGAGAGAGACUCUCCAGCCUACGGAGGCCCUCCUCAGAUACCAGCUCAGGCCCCAGACAGCCCACCCCUGGGGAGGCCAGAGCAGCCGUUGUGGCUGCAGGGGUAGCGGCUGCAGCAGCCAGAGCCUCCGCCCAGAAGGCCCUGUCUAGCAGGUUUGCACCCCACGCAGAGCAGCAGCAGCAGGAAGCUCUGAGUGUGUGGAGCGGCCCUACGGCGCAGGCCCAGACAGGACAGACCUUCAAACCCUUUGAGAGGACCCCUCAUAAACAGGCCCGAUACGACCUCUACAUAGACCAGCUCAAACAGGGAGACCGAGAUGCCCUGGAGUUGAGCUUGGACCCCACCAUGACAGAGUGGGAGAGAGGGAGAGAGAGGGAUGAGUUUGUUCGUGCUGCUCUCCUCUACAAGCCCAGCAGCUCCUCUCUGUCUUGUCGCUUCACCAGAGGGAAACAGGAUGACGGUGUGGAGGCAGACACUGUGGAGGUGACACGAGAUCAGGAGAAUGAUGUGGAUGACAAGCAGGCAGCCGUGAAGAUGAAGAUGUUUGGAAAACUGACCAGAGACACGUUUGAAUGGCACCCUGACAAUCUGCUCUGCAAGAGGUUCAACAUACCUGACCCCUAUCCUGGGUCAGGGUUUGUGGGAAUGCCCAAAGUGAAGAGAGACAAGUUCUCUGUGUUUAACUUCCUGACUGUAUCAGAGAGUCCAACAGCUAGUGCUUCCCCCGCUCCACAAGGUGUGAAGCCCUCUGAGCCAGGGAAGAGGUCCAGGUGGGAUGUGUCUGGCCAGGCUGGGGACAAGGAGAGGAAGGAGAAGGAUCCGGUCAGUGAGUUCCUCAGUGUGGCUCGUAUUGAAGCCUCUGGGUCAGGACCAGAAGCCUCUACUACUGAUGGCCCUACAACGGAUCCUACUGUAGAGCCAGACACGGAGCAGAAAGAGGAGGAGGAGGAGGAGGAGAGCAGGCCGUCUAUGGAUCUGUUCAAGGCCAUCUUCGCCAGUUCAUCAGACGAGAAGUCUUCCUCUUCUUCUGAAGGAGAGAGUGAGGAGGAGGAGGAGAAGGAGGAAGGGGUUCGGAGCAAGGCUGGGACUGGGCCUCAGAUAUCUAACCAGUUGAAUGUCAACACAACCCAGCCUGCUCCUCCUGUGUCAACGACACCCAGCCAGCACCCAGACAUUCUGUUCAAAACGCCCAGUGGUCCUGCUGCUGCCCCUCCCCCUCGGGACCAGGAAAUGGAAGAGGAGGAGUUUGGACCUCGGCUGCCUCCUCCUUCCUCUACAUUGACAGCGGAGCGCCGUCCGUCCCCGACUCCCUCUGCUAAGGACGACAAACACAAGAAGAAGUGUAAGGAGAAGCACAAAGCCAAGAAACACGGCAAGCACAAGAAGGACAAGAAGCAGAAGAAGAAGCACAAGAGACACAAGCACAAAGGCAAGCAGAAGAAGACCAAGAAGGAGGAGUCAUCAGACAGCAGCUCAGAGGGGAGUGACGGGAACGGCCAGGAGGACGGAGAGGAGGGGGGAGGGGUAUCAACAGAAGAGCUGCUCAGAAGGUUGAAGAGCAUCCGUGUUACAGUAUUAUGACAGGGUUAUUACAUACAUGAUAUUGAUCCUUCCUCUCCCAUCUGACCAGGUUGAAGAGCAUCCGUGUUACAGUAUUAUGACAGGGUUAUUACAUACAUGAUAUUGAUCCUUCCUCUCCCAUCUGACCAGGUUGAAGAGCAUCCGUGUUACAGUAUUAUGACAGGGUUAUUACAUACAUGAUAUUGAUCCUUCCUCUCCCAUCUGACCAGGUUGAAGAGCAUCCGUGUUACAGUAUUAUGACAGGGUUAUUACAUACAUGAUAUUGAUCCUUCCUCUCCCAUCUGACCAGGUUGAAGAGCAUCCGUGUUACAGUAUUAUGACAGGGUUAUUACAUACAUGAUAUUGAUCCUUCCUCUCCCAUCUGACCAGGUUGAAGAGCAUCCGUGUUACAGUAUUAUGACAGGGUUAUUACAUACAUGAUAUUGAUCCUUCCUCUCCCAUCUGACCAGGUUGAAGAGCAUCCGUGUUACAGUAUUAUGACAGGGUUAUUACAUACAUGAUAUUGAUCCUUCCUCUCCCAUCUGACCAGGUUGAAGAGCAUCCGUGUUACAGUAUUAUGACAGGGUUAUUACAUACAUGAUAUUGAUCCUUCCUCUCCCAUCUGACCAGGUUGAAGAGCAUCCGUGUUACAGUAUUAUGACAGGGUUAUUACAUACAUGAUAUUGAUCCUUCCUCUCCCAUCUGACCAGGUUGAAGAGCAUCCGUGUUACAGUAUUAUGACAGGGUUAUUACAUACAUGAUAUUGAUCCUUCCUCUCCCAUCUGACCAGGUUGAAGAGCAUCCGUGUUACAGUAUUAUGACAGGGUUAUUACAUACAUGAUAUUGAUCCUUCCUCUCCCAUCUGACCAGGUUGAAGAGCAUCCGUGGGAAGAAUCUGCAGUGAAUCUGUGAUCCGACAGACAACAGGAUGUCCUCUAUGAGGACAGAUAUCUGGAGACGGGAGUCGGGAACCAUUCUGUAUGAAUUCCAAUAGCCCUGUAGUUAUGAUGCUGAUGAAAGAGGGUCUUACUUUACAUUUGAAAUUGUAAUUCUCAUGAGAUGUGAGUUUUUUUUUUUGCUGAUCGAUGUCUCGGGCUGAUAUGUUGAGAGGUCUUGCUAUCGUCUGUUAAUCAAUAAACAUUGGAGAUUUUGUUGUUGUUGUAA